UUUUCUUUUUUUUUUUUUCCUUUAUAAAAAUUAAAUUUCAUUUCCACUUUUAUUUUGGUCAUUUUCGCUUUUCACUUUUCAAAAUGGUUAAAGAUCAAUUCACAGAAUCUAAAGCUGCUUACGAAGGCUUAGUAUUCAAAAAUACAAGCGAAAUUUUGAAUUCUAUAUCAAUGUUUUCCGCAUUCCUUGUUGUUUGUAUGGUUAUAUAUUUGCGAAAAAAACAUAAAAAAGUAUCAAACCGUGUUUCAUUACGUUUACAAUCUUACGUUUCCACUGUUGAUAUGUUCUUUGCAGCUUUUCAGAUUAUGACAGUUAAUUCAAAUCCUCCUGGUAAUUGGGUGUGUCAUGUAUCACCUUGGGGAUUUGUAUUUACUGCUUUAUUAGGUUGCUUUUAUUCCGUCGCUAUCGCUUUUAAUCUUCAAAUAAUUUUUGUUUAUAAUUAUCUAAGUACAAGACAUUUUGAAAAAUUUUAUAUUAUAGUUCCUAUAAUUUUAGCUUUUACUUUAAGUAUUGUACCGGUUUUAUUUGAUGCUCUUGGUUAUGAUAAAGAAGAAGUUAGUUGUUGGUAUAAACGUGGAAAUACUACACAAUCCGUUAUAUGGCAAUGGACUACUUUACAUGGUUGGAUAAUAUUAUCAGUAUUAUAUUGUACUUAUGCUGUUUUUACUAUAAUUAAUCGUUUACAUAAAGCAACUAAAUUUAUGAAAGAAAUGAAUAAUACAAAUUCUAAUAAUAAUUUUAUUAAGAAUAAUAAUUGUAAACGUCAAUUAAUGGUUAAUAGAGCUGUAAAACGUAUAGUAGUUUAUCCUAUAGUACCUAUAAUAACUUUUCUUUUUAAUAUUGCUUCAAAUUUAUUAUUUUUUUCUACAAAACAGAAUCAUUUCACUUUUCAAAUGUUGGCUAAUAUUGGUACAAGUUCUCAAGGUAUAUUUAAUGCAUUAGCAUUUUGUUUUGAUCCUGCUAUGAAAAAAAUUUGGAUUAAUGGUCUUAAUAGAGUUAAAUUAUUUUUAAAUAAUAAUGAUGAAAAAAAAAUUGAUAUCAAGAAGAAUAAUAAUAAUGAUGAUGAAAGUAAUAAUAAUAAUAAUGAUGAUAGUAAUAAUAAUAGUAAUGAUGAUGAUGAAAAGAAGACUCAAACUGUAACAGCAGUUAAUACUAGUUUUACCAAUACAACAAUUGUAUCAGAUAAUGAUGAUGAUAUUAAUUAUGAUAUCAAUAAUGAAAAUAAUAAUAAUGAUGAUGAUGAUAAUGUUCAUGUUAAUGUUGAUUCAAACGAUUCAAACGAUUCAAACGAUUAUUCAAACGAUAACAUUAUUAGAUUAUCAAAAGAUGAAGAAUAUAUUUUGGCUUUAUUAUAAUAAGUUUGGAAUAAUACAAUUGGGAGAUAUUACGUUGGAAUUUUGGAGAUAAUACAUUGGAGAUAAUACGUUGGGGAUAAUAACCUAGGUACAUAGGGGAUAAUACAUACAUUGGGAACAAUACAUUGGGGGAUAAUGCAUUGGGGAUAAUGCAUUGUGGUAAUACAUUGGGGAUAAUACCUUGGCUGCUUUGUUACCUUGGCUUUGUUACCUUGGCUUUGUAAGGCUUUUGUAAGGGGAUAAUGUCAAACUUUGUAAGGUGAUAAUGUCACGUCUUUGUAAGGGAAUAAUUUCUUGGCUUUUUAAGGGGAUAAUGUCUUGGCAUUGUAAGCAAUAAUAAUAUCUUGGCUUUAUAUAUAAUUAGAUGACUUUAUUGUAUAUAAGAUGAUAUCUUCAGUUGGUUUUAUUAUAUAGGAAGAUAAUAUCUUUAAUAGAAAGGAAUAAAUAGACUGUUUAAUUAAUCAAAAAAAAAAAAA